UUGAGCUUUUUCUGGCACACACAGUGUGGAAUCACUUUUACUAAGAAUACUUUGAAAUUUGAUUCACUCUUUUUUUUUAAGGUUGUAAUCCACUGAAUUAUCUGUGGAAUAUUUGUAUUUUGACGGUUACACAUUUAAUUUAGCACUUUCAAAGGAAAACCUGUAGUUGGAAACAUUGUCCUCAUGCUGAUGUCUCUCCCCUGCCCAUCUUCUGUAGAAGCUUUGAAUGUCUGUCUGCUUUCAUCUAUUGUGACUGCACUACUACAGUUCCAAACUACAGAAUUCUUCACAGCCUUACAAGGUGGCAAAAAUAAAAAAUAAUCUUUUUGAGCUGGUAUAAUCCAUGUAUUUGGAUUAUAUGUUGUUGGAUUUGAAUACAAUUGGGGCUAAUGAAUGUUUGUGGCAUCCAUAUUGUAAUGGUAGUGCUGUCCCUACUUCUGAAUAAACGUUCUCACUAACAAGUUUCUUCCCCCCUUCCUCUUUUGUGCAUUCCUUCUGCCCCUCAAAUGUGCAUUUAUAUCAUGGUCUCUCAUCUGCAUCUGGGACUGGACUCUCCCUCUCCUCCAGUCAACAUACACGCAUCAGCUUUCACCUCCCAAUCACUCUUAUUCAUUAUGUUCCCAAAACCUACCUGCUAUCCAUGAAAUGGACAUAUUUUCAGACAUUUCAGAGGAUGAUCAUCUUGGUAAACCCAUGUAUACACCCUCAGAUACCAUAGUCUUCAGCCCUGUGAAAGAAACACCAGUUCAUGGCAUAAAUGAACAGAAGUUCCCAACUUACCACUUGGAACUUACGGAUCUUUUGGUGGCUGACCAUUGUCUCCCUCUUGCAAUAGAGAGAGCUGCUCAUAAAAAUACCGAUCACGAAGAUUCUGUGUCUCAUUUUCCAGUUAGUGCGAGCAAACAUUUUCCUUUCAAUUUCUCUUCUCUGCUUGAUGAGAAUGGUUACAUUAGCUUUCCUAGCCUUCCAGAAGUUUGCAUCUCAUUCCUCCCACCUUAUCUUCAGCAUUAUGUUCCCAUUACUUCUCCCUCAUUCAUUCCCUCCUUCUUCCUCAUCUUUGUGCUGCUUCUCUGUACCAUCCAGUCUAUUCCUUUCUCACUCACAUUGUCCCUUCCUGUUGCUCUGUCCCUCUGCUACCUGGAGCCUAAGGCAAUUUCUCUGACCACCUCUAAUGACACUGCUCUAAAAGACAAAGCUGAGGAAGAGGAGGUGUGUAACUUUGUUGCCUAAAUUGCCACUUGCAUGUAGAUUUCUUUGGGUGUACUAAGAGAGAAGUUUAACCUUCCAUCAUUUCAGCAUGAGGCUGCAG